ACAUGGCGUCCGCUACAUCGGGGUUCGGCUUUUGCCUACCGCUGACAUAUUUUCUCUUGAUUCUGCUGCUAUGUGUUAAUUCAGGAGGAAGUCAGAAGAAAAAAGAGAACAUGCUGGCCGAGAAGGUGGAGCAGAUGAUGGAGUGGAGCUCCCGGCGCUCCGUCAUCCGCAUGAACGGGGACAAGUUCCGCCGCUUCGUCAAGGCCCCGCCCCGCAACUACUCCGUCAUCGUCAUGUUCACCGCCCUGCAGCCCCAGCGCCAGUGCUCCGUCUGCAGACAGGCUAAUGAAGAGUACCAGGUGCUGGCUAACUCUUGGCGCUACUCCUCUGCUUUCUCUAACAAACUCUUCUUCACCGUGGUGGACUACGAUGAAGGGGCGGACGUCUUCCAGCAGCUGAACAUGAACUCCGCCCCCACGUUCAUGCACUUCCCCCCGAAGGGGAAGCCCAAGAGGGCGGACACCUUCGAUCUGCAGCGGAUCGGCUUCGCCUCCGAGCAGCUCGCCAAGUGGAUCGCGGACAGGACCGAUGUGCAGAUCCGGGUGUUCCGGCCGCCCAACUAUUCGGGCACGAUCGCCCUGGCCCUGCUGGUGUCACUGGUCGGCGGCCUGCUCUACCUGAGGAGGAAUAACCUGGAGUUCAUCUAUAACAGGACAGGGUGGGCCAUGGCCGCUCUGUGUGUGGUGUUUGCCAUGACCUCCGGCCAGAUGUGGAAUCAUAUCCGCGGACCUCCGUACGCUCACAAGAACCCUCAGAACGGGCAGGUGAGCUACAUCCACGGGAGCAGCCAGGCGCAGUUCGUGGCCGAGUCCCACAUCAUCCUCCUGCUGAAUGCUGCCAUCACCAUGGGGAUGGUCCUUCUGAACGAGGCUGCAACCUCCAAAGGAGAUGUGGGAAAGAGGAGAAUUCUCUGCCUGGUGGGCCUGGGUCUGGUGGUCUUCUUCUUCAGCUUCCUGCUCUCCAUCUUCAGAUCCAAGUACCACGGGUAUCCGUACAGCUUUCUCAUCAAGUAGCACUGACUGGCCUCCCCAGCGGACAGAGAGAGCCGAUUCCCACGCCGACUGAACACACAGCCCAGUCUGCAUGUGCCCGUCGCAAGAUGCCACGUCUUUCAAUAAUGGUUAAUAAACACUUCCAUAACACACCAAACAGAGUGUUUAUGG